AUCAUCCACCUUUUCUGGUGAAGCGCUGUCUGUUUUUCACCAAAUGUUCAGGGGGUCAUUACUGGUAUGACUGAAUCCUAUGCAGGAUACUUGUUUGACACUUCAGGUGAUUUAACUCAUUUCUCCUCCAUUCAUGCGUCUGGCUUGGUUUAGCUGUCAUGGAUGACAAGGCCUCGGUGGGGAAAGUUAGCGUGUCGUCCGACUCAGUGUCCACCCUGAACAGUGAGGACUUUGUGCUGGUGUCGCGGCUGGGGGACGACACCCCAGGCUCCUCCAUUAAUAACGGUAGCGAUGACGAAAAGACAGGACUGAAGGUGAUUUCUGAGGAAGGGGUCAGCUUUAAGAUUGUGGGGAACGGCAGUGAGCAGCAGCUGCAGAAGGAGCUGGAGGAUGUUCUGAUGGACCCCUCUGUAGCUGAGCAGAUUCUGAGCGGUGGGGGUAGUGGUGGUGGCUUGGGAGACCAGGUGGAAGGGGGGCACCAUGUGUCCCACCCCACCACAGCAGCACCACCCCAGUCCGAGCCCCAACUGUGCCCUGAUUCCCUCAGCGAUCCCCUCGGUGACCCCCUCAGCACCCCGCCAAAAGUUGAGAUGGUUCUGCCCGUCCAAUCCGCACAAGGUGCACAGGAGAGCGAGCUGAAUGAACGAUCGUACCGUGGGGAUGAGUCAUCUUCGGAGUGCAGUCCCUGUUCGCCCAUCCCAGACGAGGACAGUGUGGUGUUCAAUAAGCUGACCUAUCUGGGCUGUGCCUCGGUCAACGCGCCCCGCAGCGAGGUGGAAGCUCUCCGCAUGAUGACCAUCCUCAGAGGGCAGUGCCAGCUACCCCUAGACGUCACCCUGUCUGUGCCCGGCGUCUCAGAGGGCACCGUCAGGUUGCUGGACCCCCAGACAAGCACAGAGAUAGCCAGCUACCCCAUCUACAAGAUACUGUUCUGUGUGCGUGGUCAUGACGGCACGCCAGAGAGUGACUGCUUCGCCUUCACAGAGAGCCACUACAACGCAGAGAUCUUCCAUAUACAUGUCUUCCGCUGUGAGAUCCAAGAGGCGGUCAGCAGGAUACUGUACAGCUUCGCCACGGCCUUUAGGCGGUCCGCCAAGAAGACGCUCCUCUCGGGCUUGGCUCCGCUCCUGACGCCAGACAGCCACGUCUUCACCUUCACCGUCAGUCUAGAGAUUAAGGAGGAUGAUGGGAAAGGGACCUUUAGCACUGUGGCGAAAGACAAAGACAAGAACAGCUUCAAGCUGCGUCCGGGAAUGGACAAGAAGGUCGUCGUCUACGUCCAGCAGACGUCCAAUAAGGAGCUGGCCUUAGAGAGGUGCUUUGGCCUACUGCUGAGCCCAGGGAAGAACGUGAAGAACAGUGACAUGCACCUGCUAGACCUAGAGUCGAUGGGGAAGUCCUCCGAUGGGAAGUCCUACAUCAUCACAGGGAGCUGGAAUCCCAACACACCCCAGUUCCAGGCUGUCAACGAGGAGACACCCAAAGAUAAACUUAUCUAUAUGACGACUGCGGUGGACCUGGUGAUCACUGAGGUGGAGGAGCCGGUUCGUUUCCUGCUGGAGACCAGGGUCAGAGUCUGCUCCCCCAACGAGAGGCUCUUCUGGCCAUUCAGCAAACGCAGCUACACCGAGACCUUCUACCUUAAACUCAGACAGAUGGAGCGUAAGAGGAACAAGGACACCCUGUACGAGGUGCUAAGCCUGGAGAGUGAGUUAGAGAGGGAGAGGAAGAAGACGACAGCCAGCCCCAACAUCCUGCAGUCUUCCUCUCAAGGAUCCAUGGUGUCAUCGCCCCCCGAGGAUGACGAGGAGGAAGACAAUGACGAGCCAUUGCUGAGUGGCUCAGGAGACGUGUCAAAGGAGUGUGCUGAGAAGAUCCUGGAGACCUGGGGAGACCUGCUGUCCAAAUGGCAUCUGAAUCUGUCUGUGCGUCCCAAGCAGCUCCCAGCUUUGGUGCGUAGCGGGGUCCCAGAGGCUCUCAGGGGAGAGGUGUGGCAGCUCCUGGCCGGUUGCCAUAACAACGACCACCAGGUGGAUGAGUACCGCACCCUCAUCACUAAGGAGUCUCCCCAGGACAGUGCCAUCACCAGAGACAUUAACAGGACUUUCCCAGCUCACGACUACUUCAAGGACACUGGAGGAGACGGCCAAGACUCACUCUACAAGAUCUGCAAGGCCUACUCAGUGUAUGAUGAGGAGAUUGGCUACUGCCAGGGACAGUCUUUCCUGGCUGCUGUUCUGCUGCUGCACAUGCCUGAGGAGCAGGCCUUCAGUGUUCUGGUCAAGAUCAUGUUUGACUACAGACUCAGGGACCUCUUCAAGCAGAACUUUGAGGAUCUGCACUGUAAGUUCUUCCAGCUGGAGAGACUCAUGCAGGAGUACAUCCCAGACCUGUAUAACCACUUCCUGAAUGUGGGUCUUGAGGCCCAUAUGUACGCCUCUCAGUGGUUCCUCACACUCUUCACAGCCAAGUUCCCCCUCUACAUGGUGUUCCACAUCAUAGACCUGCUACUCUGUGAGGGCAUCAGUGUGAUCUUCAACGUGGCUCUGGCUCUCCUGAAGACCUCGAGGGAAGACCUGGUGGCAACAGACUUUGAGGGGGCGCUCAAGUUCUUCCGGGUCCCGGUUCCCAAACGCUACCGCUCAGAGGAGAACGCUAAGAAACUGAUGGAGCUGGCCUGCAGCAUGAAGAUCAGCCAGAAGAAGCUGAAGAAGUAUGAGAAGGAGUACCACACCAUGAGAGAACAGCAGGAGCAGCAGGAGGCUCCCAUUGAGAGAUAUGAGAGGGAGAACCGUCGUCUCCAGGAGGCUAACAUGCGUCUGGAGCAGGAGAAUGAUGACCUGGCCCAUGAACUGGUCAGCAGCAAAAUCGCUCUGCGCAAGGACCUGGACAACGCUGAGGAGAAAGCAGACGCUCUGAACAAGGAGCUGUUGAUGACCAAACAGAAGCUGGUGGAUUCAGAGGAUGAGAAGAGACGACUAGAGGAGGAGUCUGCACAGCUGAAAGAGAUGUGCAGACGGGAGCUGGACAAAUCAGAGUCUGAGAUAAAGAAUAAUGGUUCCAUCAUAGGAGAGUACAAACAGAUCUGCUCUCAGCUCAGUGAGCGUCUGGAGAAACAGCAGACCGCCAACAAGGGAGAGGUGGAGAAGAUCCGGCUGAAGGUGGAGGGCUGUGAGAAGUGCUCUAUCCUGUUCAACAAGGAGGGUCGUCUAAAGGUAGUGAAGAAGAUGAAGGAGGGCAGUGAGGAAGAGACGGACGAGGAGAAGGAGAGUCUGAAGAACCAGCUCAGAGAGAUGGAGCUGGAACUGGCCCAGACCAAACUACAACUGGUGGAGGCAGAGUGCAAGAUACAGGACUUGGAGCACACCCUGGGUCUGGCCCUGAACGAGGUCCAGGCAGCCAAGAAGACCUGGUUCAACAGAACCUUAACCUCCAUCAAGACCGUGACGGGAGCACAGGGGAAGGAGACUACCUAAGCUGAGACCCCCCUCCUCUCCUCCUCGACCACAGACUGUCUCCUUCUCCCCCCUGCUGCUCCCAAACCUCCAUGUCCCGCUCCCGGCCUCCCCCCUCCUCCCCCCUGGUCAGGGGUACUACCCACUAACUUGACCGGAGCAAACCAAACCUCGCCACGACAUGACAGGGGUUUUAAAUAAGGACUGCGCUCAAAGGUACCACUGCCCCAAAACGAAACGAUGUACUUCAUUAAAAAAGAAACAGAAAAGAAAAGAGAGGCUUCAACGAUAGUCUUUAUACUACUGAUAUUUAACAGGGAAGGAAGGAGUUCUAGAGAGCUACCUGAACUGUCCUCUCUCCAGACAUGGGAAAAACAACACUCUAUUUUACUGGCCUUCCCUCGGCAGACUACAACUCCAGCUGUAAUCUGGAGACGACCAGAGAUAACUAACAGCCUCCUCCUUUUCAAACUGAGCUUUUCUCAUUUCCGUUCUACGAUACCUUUCUUUUUCUAGAUAUGUAUGAUUUAUGAACAUGCAUGUGUAUAGACAUGUAUAAGUGAAGACAACACACCAGAGUGUAUGUAUGGGUGUGUUUAUUAAUGUGCGUGUGUGAGCAUUAAGGGGAGUGUCAGUGUGCAUGUACAGGUAUCUGCCCAGAUAAUGGAAAUGGGGAAAUGAGGGAUACAAAGUGUAUUGAAAGCAGGUGCUUCCACACAGGUGUGAUUCCUGAGUUAAUUAAGCAAUUAAC